AUGAUGGAUCGCAAGGGGGAGGAACCUCAGGCAGGAGAAAGGGAAAAACCCAUCAGUGAAAAACCCAUCAGUGAAAAACCCAUCAGUGAAAAACCCAUCAGUGAAAAACCCAUCAGUGAAAAACCCAUCAGUGAAAAACCCAUUAGAGAAAGACCCAUCAGGGAAAGACCCAUCAGGGAGAAACCCAUCCAGGAAACCCCCCUCCUCAAUAGUGACACCGCCGAUGGCAACGACCGCGCGGGGCAGGCCCCCUACGGACGUGGUCGGCAAUGGAACGGAAGGAAGAAUCGCAUCAGGUCGCCAUCCGCGUGCCAAUCAGUGAACUCGUGUGAUUCAGCCAAAAGCGAUUACUCCUGCCGAUACCUCAACGCAGACAGCUAUGGGAAGAACGUGAGCCUAUGCACCAAGUGUCUUUUUACCUACUUCGAAUUCAACAGCGUGAUGAAUGUCAUUUAUAUGAGACAUGGGGCCAGGACACCCAAAAAAAAGAUACAAAAUGUGUGGCCUUUCAAAGAAGGAAAGGGAGAUCUUACCUUCCUGGGCUUCCAGCAGUCAGUAAAGAUUGGAAAAUACCUUCGUAAAUACUACUAUAGCAUGAGGAAAUUGAAUUCGAUUUAUAAUGACGGGGGGGAUCAUUCGGGAGGGGAGAGUGUGUCUCACGAAUCGGAUGAGGAGACGAACAUGAUGAGGGCAUCCACCCCUUGGGAUCAACUACAGGGGGGUAAGCUCAACGGGGGUAAACUGAAUGGAAAUAAACACAACAGGCAUAGACUUAAGGAAAAUUUCGGUACACUCCAAAUGGGAAGAAAAAAAAAAAAUUUAAAGGAAAACCUGCGGAGGGAGAGACGCCUAAAGGAAACAAUAAAAUUACUGGUGAGUAAAAAUCCCAGCGCUGCGAAUCCCUGCAGGAUGUUGCACAAGAGGGUGACGCACAAAGUGAGGUGGACUCCAUUCUGCCAGGACAGAAAGGGGAAGGAACCAACCUCUCUGCAUGUCUGCAGAAGCGUAUGUGCAAAUUAUUGUGGGAAAAAGAAGAGGAAAAGAAAGAAACGAAAAAAAAAAAAUGACAAAGUUAUCAAUGUGGAUCAUUCCAUGAGGGACGAAGUGCCAAGUGAAGCUGCUCUGAGUUGGAUGAACCCUCUCGAUGGAGGCACUCCAAUUGGAUAUCUAAAUAAAGAUACGGCUGGUGGUGCGUGGAGGGGGAAGGACACACUUUCCUCCAUCUGCGAAAUGAAUCACUUGCCGAAGCAGCUGGAAAAAAGGAUCCACAUAGAGAAGCAAAAGAGGAAGUACGAUGAAAUCGUCAAGAUUAUAAAUAAAUAUUUGUGUGUAAAAACGACUAGCAGUCAGAGGUGCAAGUUAACAGCGUAUGCCAUCAUGUGUGGUAUCCUAGGGAUUACAGAAAAGAUGUUUUUUUUCUUCUUCCUUUUGUCCUUCGAUAAUGAAGAGUAUGAUUUGUUACACCGAGAUAUGAUUCGUGGAAGUGAAAUAGUCAGUGAAAACUUCCGCUCUGUGAGCCGUAAACGGGAAGACAGACUCCACCCCUUGUCCAUCCCCCAGAAGGACCUUCCAAAUAGUAGCAGUAUCCUCGAAAGGAGGAAGAGCUCGCUCCCUGCACAAGUUAACUUCCUUUCGCAGCAGAAUGAUUCGUCGGUGGCGACAGAUGCGACGGUAAGGCCCCGUCAAGGGACCCACUUAGCAGGGUGUCAUCCUUUGGAAUGUCUACAAGGGGGUAAAUCCCACCAUGUCACUUUUGCGCCUGUUUCUCCAAAUUCGAUUUGCAAUUUUACUGAGAAGGAUUUUGAAGGGGACGUCCCCAUGGGUGAGCAGCAGCAUCUGAGAGACGCUGCUGAGAAUUGCAUAACCCGUUCAGGUGGAAGUGGCAACCUCGAUCGGGUUCAGUACAACCAGUCCGAGUUCGCAAGAAGCGAUCCACCAGGGGAAACGUCCAUCGGUGGGAAGUGCCCCCAAAAUGGGUACCAACUUUUUGUAGAACCCCCCAGAGACCGAUGGGUUUCCUCCAUGGUGGCAUUCACCGAUGAGGACAACAGGGAGCGGUUGGAUAGGAGUGCAAAAAAGGACGUAAAGAAGGACCUAAAAAUGGACGAAGUCAAGUUACUCUCCGGUGUUACCAGCUUCGGUGGGGACGCCCCGAUUGUGGAAAAGAAGCGAGAGGACGCAUGUGAUAAGAAGCGUCCGGACGGCCAUGACGAACCAUCGAACAGACGAAGCGACGCACGCACUGGGGGUGGCGCCAACUGGAAGGCAGAAAACGCGCAGAGCUAUAGUGACAGCGUGAACCCAAGUUGGGGCGUCCUUAACAGAAGCCUUGGGAAGGGAACACCUCGAAGUGGAGCAGCCAGAAAGGCAGCGGAGAAGUUCCGCCCGAGCAGUACCCUAAUCCAUAAUGUGAAAACUUUUUUCGAAUUUGCCCUCAGUGGAAGAUACAAUUCAACCCUUUUUUACAACAAGAUAAUGAAGGCGAAAGGUCGUAACGAAAGGAAGUUGGAGAAGUCGUGUAUUUCUUUCAUAUUUGAGUCUUACAUGCGGUAUGUGCUGAGCGAUUUUGCUGCUUAUGUGAGUGCCUCCGGGGGUGUUCCCAGGCGGAAUGACACCAACCAUGAUGCUGAGAACUGUUCAGGGCUUCUUCACGAUCAGCGCUUCGUCUCCCCCGCAUGGAUGGUCAACUGGACUCCCCACCCUAGCGGCUACUCCAACGGCUACCCCAGCAGCUAUCCCAGCGGCUACCGUAGGAACCUACUCUCCUACCUGCGCAAUAUCUACAUCCUGUUUUCCGUGGUGCAUGUGGCGGAGCGGAACUCACUGAUGCUGAAGACCCUCAAGUCCAAUAACCACUACAUAAAGAGAUUGAAGAAUCUCAUUUUUUACAACUCAAAUGUUUACAAACUUUUAAAUGAUCACUACAAGGAAGAAAUUUCCAUAGUGUAUCGAAUAACCAAAUGGAGGAGCCGAAGUUACCUUAACAGGUCAGAACUUUUGCUCAGCGAGCCGUGGGCGAACACCACACAAAGCGAUGUAGCAGAGGACGAAUGGAAUAUAAAAAAUCGAAUUGUGAAAAUAUUAAAGAAGCAUAACUCAGAUGUGUACAAGAUAAAGAAGAAACUAAACAAGUCCAUUAUUUUGAAAGAUCUGAGGAAACUAAACUAUUACUCAGUGGAUGUCACUUUAGGGAAUGUCCCGACUUGUGAACAGAGAAAGGUGAUUCAAGAAAAAGUUAGAAGCAUGAGGAAUCACUUACUGUUUUAUAGCAAGAGGAAAAACAUUAAGAUCAUUAAAAAGUUUAUUAGUUCAUAUGAUGCGUAUGUGUAUCACAAUGUGCGUCUCGUCCUAGACAUGCGGAAGGUGUACAGAAACGUGCAGGUUCAGUGUAGCUCCUCCAGUGAGACCGUGCUCGGAGUGGCCACCCCUGAAAUGGGAAAGAAGGAACAUCCGAACGGAGGGGAUAAUUGCGGGCCCGCUGGAAGGGAAGGCCGCACCAGAAAGGCAGUUGCAUUCCGUGAGGGAGGGGAUCCACACAGAUGGUAUUAUAAUGUACAAAGGGGAGGAGCACAAGAUGGGGCAGAGAAGUGGCCCCCUGUCGAGAGGGCAAGCGGGCUGGACGGACGCUGUGCAGGGGAUUACUCGAAGGGAGAAUGUACCCACCGACAGGAGGGAAAAGGGCCAAAGGGGUCUCUUCACCUGUGUGAAGCGGCGCCUGACGAGUCGCCUGACCACCCGCUCGUUAACCCGCCUGAUGAUUCGCACGAUUCCCCUUCUGAAGACUCUUCUGGCGACCCGCCUGAUACCCCUUCUGAAGACCCGCUUCUUAACCCUCGCGAGGCGAAGAGGCCCGACGAGACCGCGGAGAAGAAGGAAAAAAACAAAGCGAAAAGCUUUUACAAAAAAAUCUACGAGUGCUACAAACACAUGUGCACUCUCGAGUAUAACAACAAGUACCUCUCGUGGCUGUGCAGCGGCAUGUCUCUGAUGGAUGUCGUCAUUAAUUUCAUGAUAAGCGUCAGGGUGUAUGAGAACUUCAAUAGGGAGAUGGCAACUGGCUGGGGGGGAGGGAAGAAGUUCAUUCCGAAAAUUAUAGUUUACUUAACGCACCAGUCGUCUAUUCUAUCGUUCCAGUCGUGCGUAGGGGUUAAGAGGAGCUCCAUGAAGAUUCCGCCCUUCGGUGGAUUCCUCUCGCUGGAGCUGGUGCACAUAAGGAAGAAGGGGGGGGACAUGCGGGAUAGGGGGCGCGGACAUGCAAAGCGGCACAAGCAUGGGCAGACGUCUUCCAAGGUGAGUACCAAGGUUCAUAGGAAGAUUCAUACUGAGGUUCACACCGACGUCCACACCGCGCUACAAAUGGACAGUAAAGCGAAGGGGGACCUGGGUCAGUUCCCCAGAGAAGCGGCACAAGGUGACCCUCCCCUUAGCACCGCGUUCGACGAGCCAGCCUCGCGAAGACGAAAUCUGCGAGUGACAGGCCAAGCGAGAAGUGCAGACCGGCAUAACGUCCAAACAUUUAUUCGAGAAAAUGACACGGCGAGUAUAUUCUGUUGUAAGGAGGACUGCGUGUGGAAGGUCAGGUGGGGGAAUGGCAGAAGUGGCGACCGCCACGGAGAUGGGCACGGCGCAGAUGGGAACAACGCAGAUGGGGACAAGUCAAAUGAGCACGACACACAUGGACAAAACCCAGAUGGGCAGGGCGCUGAUAGGCCGCCCGCACACGCGGACCGCGCCGCCCAUAUCACCACAACCCAGGCGAGGAAAAGAGUCCAGCGCGAAGACAAGUACGAGAGCUACCUGCCCAAGUGCGCCAACAAGAUUCAUGAUUUUAAAAAUUUGUUCAAUCUCCUAUGCUACAGAGACAGCAACGUAGAAAGCAAUGUAGACACUCUCAUUCAGCUGUACAAUUUGUGCCUCAGUGACAAGUGUUCUUACGUGGGAAACACAGAACUGAAUGGCGGACAGGAGGGACAGCCUAGAAGGAGGAGAUACUUUUAUGGCUACUUUGUCAAAUUCACUUUUAAUCAUUACUUUCCACUUAAGCUGAAGAGAAAGAAGUGUAUAAAGAGAUGCAAGCGGGGAGGAAGAGAGGAAACAGGACGAAUGAAUGGGACAGUGAAGAAGGGGAUUCCUUCGACCCUCGGGGAGCAGACACAUCAAGGGAGGGAAGAAGUGGAUGGACAAUUGGAUGGAGAAAUGGCAGCAAAGGAGAAAGAGAAAACCAAGAAUAACCAUACAAAUUGGAAACAGAGAAAGGAAGAUUCACCUGGAGAGGUUACCAACAUCGAAGGAAGAUCCCUUGCCAAAGGGCAAGUUCUACCCUCCUCUGUAGUAGGGAGGAAAGACAAACCGUUCGAUACAAAUGGGGACAAAUUCCAGUUAGCGACGAAAAAGGGGUCGAAGGAAACUUCCCAAAGAGUUGAAUUCCGCAUGAAGAACACAUACAAGGGGCGAACAAAUGACCAGAGUGAUGACUAUCCAAAGGACAAACACCUGAGGAGAAACAAAAUAAUGCAACGACUCAAUAUGAAUAGCUUUAACUUCGAUUCUAAGCAUGACAAAUAUAUGCAUUACGUGUACAAUAGCAGUGACCUCAAGUACGGCAGGAUCUAUAGCAAGCUUAACAAGGAAGGCGAUUCCAAGUUUAGCACAAAGAAGAGUGUAGACAUAAAUAACCGAUUGAUGGAGAGGAGUAGGAUUAAGUUAAACGGAGGGGGCAGCUCCAUCUCCAGUGAAGAAAGUACACAUGACGAAUUGGAGUUGCGCAACGGGAAGUUCAAGUCCCUUGGUAGGGGUGAGGAGGCGAGGAAGGAGGCGAAGAAGGAGGCGAAGAAGGAGGCGAAUAACGAGAUGAAGAACGGGGUGAAGCACCAGAUGAAUAGUGUAAACUGUGCAGUGAAUGGGUACGCAGGGACAUCCAGACAACCCGUCCAGUCCAGACAGGACCACCUGUACCGCUUAAAGAGCGGCGAAGUGGAUGAAGGGCAACAGAACAGCACACCCAUGGGGUACAGUUUCAAACUGUCCAAAAGAGCCAUGUCCUCUAGGUUGCUAAAGAAUUGCAUGACGGAGGAGACGGAAAAGAGGAAGAGGAAGAAAAUGCAAAAAAUGCAGCAGAUGCAGAAGAUGAAGCCGGGUUUUAAUAGGAAGAAGGACGAAAGUGAUAAAAGGAAUUACCAAAAUGAGAACAUCAUUUGUCUGGACUGCUUGAUUAGCUACUUGAGGCAGAUGCUCAGGGUGUAUGGGAACCCCGAGAUGUUGUGA